AUGCUGGGGAGAAGCGAGCAGUCUCAUAAGGCCCUCAGGGUCCACUCAGCAGGUUAUGCCGUGGUGCCCUCAGCCCUGAUGCUGGGGGAUAAUGUAACCAGAGCCUUCGAAUGUAUGAAGAGUGAGGGCCUGACAAAGCACUUACUGACCGAGGAAAAAUUAACUUCAGGCCACUCGCUGUGUGGAGGGGACAUCGCUGGUCGCCAGGAGUGGGGACUAUGUUCAGAGGCUCCAGGGAACCGGAGACAGAGCACAGUUACUGGGGCCGCUGUGCCAGGUCCACAGCUGGAACGAUCUGCCCGAAAAGACUCGGACUUGUCACCUGUAGGGCUAAUAGUGGGCACCAUCCUGAAAUCCAGGCUGCAAGAUCACCCCACCAGCGCCAAGGGGCCUUGGGGGGCCUCUGGUGUCUCCACACCUAGCCUUGACUCCGUUCCUCGAAUGGGAUGGAGGAAGACGGCUGAAAAUAGCCCUCGGGCACUAUUCCUCCGCUGCCCUGUGCCCUGCACCGAGGAGUUCUUCGAGGAGCAGAUGUUUCCAAUGAAGGGCCCAGACUAA